CCCACCCCCAGAGCCUUUUCCCUGCUUCCGCUUCCGGCGCUCGGUGGUCUGGGUCCAAAAUGGUGGCGGCGGCGUUAGCUGUGUCCCGGGUCUCCCGGCUGCUAGGCCGGUCCCGCCUGCAGGUGGGGCGGCUGAUGUCGAGUGGCGCCCACGGCCAUGAGGGCUCAGCUCGCAUGUGGAAGGCUCUCACCUUUUUCGUGGCGCUCCCGGGGGUGGCAGUGAGCAUGCUGAAUGUUUUCCUGAAGUCGCACCACGAAGAGGAGAGACCCGAGUUCAUCGCCUACCCCCACCUCCGCAUCAGGACCAAGCCCUUCCCUUGGGGAGAUGGUAACCAUACUCUAUUCCAUAACCCUCGUGUGAAUCCGCUUCCGACUGGCUAUGAAGAUGAAUGAAGAGAACCUGGACCAUUAUUACCAGGCAUUGGGAACAAAGCUCUAAUUUGGACCAUUACUUUGCAUUUGGACCAGAAAAGCGUAUGGGAUCUUAAGCUCACUUUCCUUACUUGUAUCAAAUGAUGACCAUCAUAUUGAUCUUCCAUCUCUUUGCCUGUGGCAAGAGAUGGCCUAAAUAAAUAACUUAAGACUCUG